AUGAACAGCACAGGCUACCAGUGUCUCCAAGACUACAAGGUGCCUCACGGGGAGAAUGCUGACGCUAGUGAGAAAGGAGGUCACAGAAACAGGAGCCUGAAGGAGGAGAGGAAGACUCCAGAAGUGGAAAGAAGCAAGGAAAGGGGUGGUUGCCAAAGAGUUGUGGACAAGUACACACUGAUAAUGAAAGUCCAAGACAUGAAUGGCCAAUUUUUUGGACUGAUCAGUACAUCAACUUGUAUCAUAACAGUGCAGGAUUCCAACGACAACGCGCCCACGUUCAGACAAAAUGCUUACGAAACCUCUGUGGAGGAGAACUCAUAUAAUGUCGAAAUCCUGCGCAUCCCUGUGGAUGACAAGGAUUUGGUUAAGAGUCCCAACUGGAAGGCAAAUUUUACCAUCUUAAAAGGGAAUGAAAAUGGACGCUUCAAAAUCACAACAGACCCAGCGACUAAUGAGGGUGUUCUGUGUGUUGUGAAGCCCCUGGAUUAUGAAGAAAAUCGUCAGGUGACCCUAGAGAUCGGAGUGAACAACGAAGCUCCAUUUAUCAGAGAUGUUGCAAGCCGAGUACCCACCAUGAACCGGGCCUUGGUUACAGUUCAUGUGAGGGAUCAGGAUGAAGGGCCAGAAUGCAAACCCCCUGAACAAUAUGUGCGGAUCAAAGAAAACUCAGCCUUGGGGUCCAAGAUCAAUGGCUAUAAGGCCUACGAUCCUGAAACCAAGAACAGCAAUGGCUUAAGAUACAAAAAAUUGCAGGAUCCUAAAGAAUGGGUCAGCAUUGAAGAAGUUUCAGGUCUGCUGACAAUAUCAAAAACCCUAGACAGAGAAUCCAUGGCUCCAAGAAAUGACUUGUAUAAUAUUACGGUCAUGGCAAUAGACCAAGAGGGUAAAUCCUGCACAGGGACACUUGCAGUGAACAUCGAGGAUGUGAAUGACAAUGCUCCAGAGAUUCUUCAAGAUUAUCUUGUCAUCUGCAAGCCGAAGAUGGGGUAUACGGACAUUUCGGCUGUCGAUCCUGAUGAGCCUGUCCAUGGCCCUCCCUUUCAGUUCAACUUGGCAAGCUCUUCUCCCGAAGUCAACAGAAUCUGGACCCUCAACCCAGUUAAUGAUACAGCUGCCCGCUUAUCCUACCGGAAAAACGCUGAAGUUCAAGAAUACGCCGUUCCCAUCACUGUACAAGACAGAGCAGGCCAAUCCACAACCAAAGUCUUGCGAGUUAACCUGUGUGAUUGUACUCAUCCGAGCCAAUGUACGGCCAGGUCAAGGAGUGUAGGGGUCUCCUUGGGGAAGUGGGCCAUCCUUGCCAUCCUCUUGGGCAUCGCACUGUUGUUUUCGGUACUGCUAACUUUAGUAUGUAGCGUUGUCACUGCCCGGAAAGGAAAACAUUUUCCUGAAGAUUUAGCACAGCAAAACUUAAUUAUAUCAAACACUGAAGCACCUGGAGAUGACAGGGUGUGCUCUGCCAACGGAUUCACCACCCAGACUGCCAACAACUCCAGCCAAGGCUUCUGUGGCACAAUGAGAAACGGUGGGCAGGAGACAUAUGAGAUGAAAGGACACCAGACCUUAGACUCCUGCCGCAUGGGCGGCCAUCACCACACCCUGGAUCCCGGCAGAGGAGGACACCUGGAGACUGACAACUGCAGAUGCACUUACUCCGAGUGGCAGAGUUUCACGCAGCCCCGACUUGGUGAAAAAUUGCACGUGUGUAAUCAGAACGAAGAACACAUCCCAUCCCAAGACUACGUCCUCACCUAUAACUACGAAGGCAGGGGAUCUCCAGCAGGUUCUGUAGGCUGCUGCAGCGAAAGGCAGGAAGAAGAGGGACUGGACUUUUUAAACAACUUGGAACCCAAAUUUCUUACAUUGGCAGAAACAUGCACAAAGAGAUAA